AAUCCUGAUACAUCCAAAUUCGUCGUCCUUUCUUGAGGUCGCAGAGUGCUGACAUCCUUCUUGAUGGUAGGACUGGUUGUUACGUGUUGCGUCAAUAGAUCGUUUAUUGACUGUUGCAAAGCCUGCAUCGACAAUAUCGAGGAAAAUAUAAUAUAUACAUAUACCUAUGUACACAUAUACAUGCAUAUGUAUAUUUUUUCUAAUAUCUAUAGUCAAUCUGAUAACAGUCAGCUGAUAUAACGAUUUGUUGAUCGGAAACACGUGACGACAUGGAGAACGGCAAGUCAAAAGAGAAUCGUAGGGCAAGAGGUCGCAGGAGGAACAGUAAGAAGGAAGACAAUCGUGAGAGUGAGCAGAUGAGUGAGGAACCAUUAUUGUGGUCGGAUUAUUCCAUCAUUGACAAUGAGGAUACCGUGGGCACUGGUACUAUGGAAAGAGGACUGUCUCCGAACACGGGAAAUGUUAACGGCGAUGAAGGUAGAUCGACGUUCUCGCUCAUGUCUCCCGCAUUACGCCGACAAUUGCAAACGCACAAGAAUAUCCUUCGGCUUCUGCACGAGAACAAGCUCGUUUCCACGCAGAUUAAUGGUCAGAGGAUUCUUAGCGUCCAGCCGAUCCGAUGGAGCGGUCCAACACCCGGAAUCGACUGUGAGAUCUUCGUCGGCCGGAUUCCUAAGACGAUUUACGAAGACACCUUGUAUCCGUUGUUCAGAGUGAUAGGCGAGAUCUUCCAGAUUCGGCUAAUGGUGGAUAUGGCUGAGUUAACGAGAGGUUAUUGUUUUAUUAUGUACACUAAUCCGGAGGACGCAGCAAAAGCCAUCACCCAGCUAGAUCAGCACGAGAUCCUGCCAGGCAAAAAGAUACGUGUUCUGGCAAGUGUGAACAAGUGCAAGCUCUACGUUGGCCCUUUGCCAUGGCAUAUUACAUCAGAGGAAGUGGUCAGGGUGAUCUAUGCAUCAGCAUGGGAUAUCGAAUGCGUAUCAAUCUACCGAUUCCUUAAUCAUGAUGCAGCGUAUGCUAUAGUUUCGUUUAAGUCUCAUCGUAAUGCAGCCUUAGCAAGGCGCAAAUUGAGGCCUGAAAGAUUGUUUAAAUGCAAUGAAGUGCAUGUAGAAUGGGCACGCGUCGAUUGGAACCCUUCUAAUGUGUACGAAGAUCGUGGCAUAGUGGAUAGUAAGGGCGAUGUUCAAAUCACUCGAAAGCAUCUGCAGUUUAAGAAGGCGACGUAUUCGUCAGCUCCCAAGUCACUUUCGCCGAUCAGUCCACCCGAUUACAACAUAAAGAGCAGUCCCUCUAAGGAUCUACACAAUUCCAGUGGCAGUUUCUCUAAGUAUCUUCCUAGUUCUAGUGGCAGUCCCUCUAAGAAUAUCCACAGUUCCAUUGGCACACGUUAUUCCAAUAUGUUAACAAUGACAGCGGCGUUAAAUAACUCUUUGCCUGAUGAUCCGUCUAAUAAAACACCGGAUGUAGAUGCACAUAGCAAAGUGCAAUUGUUGGAUGAUCAUUGCGAUGCUGUGAGAGAUCAGAUAGACUUGAAAGAUUCCAAUAAGGAUAACUUCCGCAAUUUCGAUAUGUGGAAUUCCAGUCUGGUCUCUCAAUUACCCCGCUGGUCUACGAGUUCCAACAGCUCAAAGAAUCACGUAUUGUCCACGAAGGUGUUGGACGUGCCAGGGCGUAGUUGUGAGAGCAACAUGAGAUACAUGCCAUUAAACACUCUCCCUACACCGUAUCAAUAUACAAAUAACAUUGAUAUUUUAAAUUGUCGCGACAUGUACCACUAUUUAUCUAACGAAAGAAUUGAUUAUAGCCAACCGAUUGCCGCUGACAUUAUUCCACAUCAGCUUCCUUUAUAUCGACAGAAUUAUCCGGAAGCCUCGUAUGUCACGCCACAACCGUCCGUACCAUCUAUGGUGUUUCAACAUCCAUAUGAUGCCGCAGCUUACGAAAAGUAUUUAAUUUUUAAUUAUUCUCGCAACAUUCCUGAAAUAGAUAUGUCUUCACACAUUUAUCUAAAAAAUCAAUCACACGUAAGGGAUGAAUCUGUCGCGGUAGAUCGUAGUUUCAACUUAGGUAAAAAAAAAAACGAUCGUAGAAUACGAUCUGCUAAAACUCUAACGAAGACUGAAAACGACUUUGCUUCCUUGUAUAUCAGCAACGUUGCGUCGAGUAAAAUUCGGCCUGACACGCCGAAAUUCACGCAAAAACACGCGCGGAGAGUUUUGUCAGAGAAUACAUUGUUUCGCACUGAUAUAAACGACGAAAGACGUCUAAGACCGAUCUUGAAGCAAACAACCGAUCGCAUUCUGCCAUGAUGAAUCGGGCUUUUUUGACACUUUACGGAUAUUUUAGAACACGGCUGCGCGUUCAAGUACCAAAGAUACGGUUUUUAUUUUUAUUUUACAUACUAUAUAAUAUAACAAUUAUUAGAAUAAUACUUUUUUUUUGUUUUACGUUAUAACGAUCUCCGGAAGUUAGCAUGUAAGUGGGGUGAGAAUAAUUGCUUUCUUUGUUUUUUAGCUCCUCAUUAAAGUCAUUGCAGUUUCUUUAAUUUACAACUCAUUCGUUUUAUAGCAUUUUAAUAGUAAUAUAGCUAUUAUACGUUAUCAUUUAUGGAGCUACGCAUCAUCGUAGGCAUGUGUUUGUGUUUUUUUACAUAAUCGUGGUUUGUUCAUGAGAGCACGUUUACGAAACUGCAGAUUUACAUCAGAUUAAAUUUGAUUGAAUAAUAUAUAUUGGUUUUUGUUUGGUAUCUACUAUAUAUCAGUAUAUGCCAUUUAGAAGCAAAAUGUACCAUGUACUAUAGGCGAUCAAUAGUUUUCACAGAAUGAGAUCUUUUAUCAUUAUGUUUUUAUUAUCAAUACACGUUUUAAGUGAGAGAGAAUUUUCAAAGGACACAUAAUCAGAAAUUAUGCAAAACUAUACUAUCAUGCUAUGUUUUAAGACUGAACUUGAGAAUCGUACAAAUGACAAUAAGUAGUUUCAUAACAAUAAUUGUAUUACAAAUAAUAUGUCACAGCGAUCAUGUUUCGAAGAAUAUUAAACUAAGAGGUGCGAAUCAUGUUCUUCCGAUGAUAUUGUUACACAGUUACAAUCAAUAAUCAACAACACAAUCAGUGCUGCCUUUCUUCCAUUCCAUUUCAUGCGCAUAUUUAUGAGAAAAUAAAUAAGCUGUGUAUUCCGCUUAGUCUUAUCGCUGUUUAUAAUGAAAAUUAUUGUAAGGAAUAAAUUUUUAAGAAAUCCA